AUGACUGCCUGCAAACCUUGCUCCACUCCAGUUGACACUCAGGCUAAGAUGUCAUCAGAAGGUGCACCUGUGGCUGACCCAUCCAAGUACCGCAAUUUGGUUGGCGCUCUUCAGUAUCUGACCUUCACCAGACCAGACGUCCAGUAUGCUAUUCAGCAGGUCUGUUUGCAUAUGCAUGACCCUCGGGAGCCGCAUCUCACUGCCGUGAAGCGUCUCCUCCGCUACGUGCAGGGCACCGUCGACCUCGGUCUCUUCCUUGGCCGUACCUCACCUUCUGUGCUCACCGUCUACACAGAUGCAGACUGGGCAGGUUGUCCCGAUACGCGUAAGUCCACCUCAGGCUAUGCUGUGUUUCUCGGCGACAAUCUCGUCUCUUGGUCCAGCAAGCGCCAGCAGACUAUGUUGCGUUCCAGUGCCGAGGCUGAGUAUCAAGCAGUUGCCAACGGUGUCGCCGAGGACUACCUGGCUUCAUCAACUUCUCCAAGAGCUGCAUCAUCCACUUCAGCGAACCUCGCUUGUUUACUGUGA